AUGGCAGUAUCUUACCGAUCCUCUACCUACGGCCUUCUCUACUACGAGCCUGCAACGCACCACAACGUCGACGAACGUCCCCAGAAGCUCUUCCGACCUCGUCGUGUCGGGCCUGGGAGGGUGUGCAUAAAGUCGGUUGGGCCAGAUCUUGAGAGCACAAAGAACGAUCGGCCUCAAGUCCCCUACCCAUUCAAAGAACGGCGCAAGCCGUCGGUCCACGUCAAGCUGGCGGCGGUCACGAGAGAAAACGCUAAGCGGUUUCUUCGAUCUGUCAUCGCGAGCCCGAACUCCAACUCCGACUCUACGAAGCUACCAAGCACCGACAAGGCCGACAAGAGGAGGUCGUGGUCUCCAACCAAGCGCUCGCAGUCGGUGCAAUCGGGAGACAGUGGAGCAGCCGCAGGGAACAACAUGAGAGGAAACAUCAGGCAUUCGAUAGGUGGUCCUAUAAAUGCACAUCUGGCGCGGCCUCGACUACAGAGUGAUGCACGGGAUCGUUCAGCCUUCCCGUCGCAGUCAACUCUGAGCAGCACAGGGGCUCGAUCGUCCCCUCGAAUAGAUACCUCGACCGUCGAUAGUGUCAUCCCGAACCUGAACUUGAACGAUGAAAAGCCGAUUGCGUCAGGAAAUGGAGUGAGUCUUGGAGUACACCUAGCCGAGCCAGUGCUCUUCUUGCAAGGGUUCGAAAAUGCCGAGCAUGCAACUGGCAACACUGCCAUGCUACGAGGCAGCCUACAUCUACGAGUACAGAAGAGCGCGAAGAUCAAGGCCGUGAAUUUGAAAUUCAAGGGCACAGCCGUGACUAAAUGGCCGGAAGGGAUACCGCCACGAAAGGUCGAAUUCGAAGAACGUGACACAAUCAUGUCACAUACAUGGCCCUUCUUCAACGCUCAGUUCGAGAGCGCUGAGAAGGGCACCAAUGCAGAUCACGUACAACUCUUCAAGGAUGGCGCCUCAGCUACAGUUACGAGGCUAGAUCCCCUAGGCAGGUCGAACGAUGCUGGUUCCAACCUCAAUCUGAGCGCGAAGGAGGCCAAGAAACUUGCACUAUCUGUGAACCAGUCGCGGAGUUUUGGUAAGGGAGAUCCAGUACCGGGAGGUCCGACUGUUGCUGCGAAGGGGUACCGAACGUUCAUGCCAGGCGACUACAUUUACAACUUCGAGCUGCCGUUGGACAGCCGGUUACCUGAGACCAUCGAUGUGGAGCUCGGCUCAGUGAAAUACGAGCUUGAAGCAACAGUUGAGCGAUCAGGAGCUUUCCGAGCCAAUCUGAUUGGCAAUAAGGAGGUUACGCUCAUUCGCGCCCCUGCGGAAGGCUCUCUCGAGCAGGUCGAGCCCAUUGCCAUCAGUCGAAACUGGGAAGAUCUGCUACACUACGACAUAGUUAUCUCUGGCAAGAGCUUUCCUUUGGGCUCGUCAGUACCCAUCGCCUUCAAACUGACACCACUUGCGAAAGUCCAAUGCCAUCGAAUCAAAGUACUGGUCACCGAGAACAUUGAAUACUUCUGCUCAAAUAAACGAGUACACCGGAUGGAACCAACAAGAAAGGUACAGCUCUUCGAGAAGCGAGCAGAUGGUCCACCCAACAGCACCUACCCGGGCAGUACCAUGCGCGUAACCGCCGGCGGUGGCAUUCCCUACGAUCAGAGAGCACGAGCGGCACGCGGCGAAGACGUUGCAUCGACAGAUAGCACAAACCUUCUGGGUAACCUGGAAGGUGACUCAAACAUUGGUCCCACAGAGAUGGAGUUCAACGUACAACUACCGAGCUGUCACACGAUGAAGGACCGCGAACGGAACCAGAAGCUACACUUCGAUACGACAUACCAGAACAUCCAAGUGCACCACUGGAUCAAGAUUGUGAUGCGGCUAUCAAGACCUGACGCACAAGACCCAAGCAAGCGAAGGCACUUUGAGAUAUCCAUCGACUCGCCGUUCCACAUCCUAUCAUGCCGUGCAACACAAGCCAACAUCUCCCUCCCGGCCUACAGCUCACCAAUGGCCACGCCCAUGAGCGCACACCUCUUUGAAUGCGGCUGUCCUGGUGCCGCCCAAAGGCGAAACUCACCCACCGGCCUCAUACCCGCAAUGCACGCUAUCAACACCGGCUCACGAACAAACGUGCAAGACGCUCGACCUGCCCACACAGAUCCCUGGUUGCCACAAUUACAGAGACCGCCAACGUUACACCAUGCGGACCACGUAAGGCACGACCAGCAUACUCUCUCACGACUACAACGUGCACCAGAUCGACCAAUGCACUUACUGCGAGCUCCAUCGUUCAACCCACCUGCAUUCGAGGACGAAGAGCCACCGCCGCCCCUCAUCACACCACCGCCGCAGUACGAUAGCAUCGCGAGCCCGACAAGUGGUCUCGCAGAUUACUUUGCCCGCCUGGGCGACGCAUACGACUCUGACAGUGGAGACGAAUCGCAUACAACAGGAGGACGAGUCAAUGUACCGUUGACACCCGGUGGCCGCGUCAAUCGGUCGAUGGAUCUAGGAAGAGGGUGGGUCCCAGUCGGUGGAAGAUCGUGA